GACGUCGGCCCGCCCGCCAGGCUGCUUCCACGGGCCGUGCUCGCUCUCUCGGGCUCCGGGGGCCGGCGCCUCUCACGCUCCGCUGGCUUUUGGGCCUUGGGUCUCCGCCUGUCUCCCCGCGGGCCGUGGCGACAUGAGCAACAAAGAAGGAUCAGGAGGGUUCAGGAAAAGGAAGCAUGACAAUUUCCCACAUAACCAGAGAAGAGAAGGGAAGGAUGUUAAUUCGUCUUCACCCGUGAUGCUCGCCUUCAAACUAUUUCAACAGGAACUUGAUGCAAGACAUGACAAAUAUGAGAGACUUGUGAAACUUAGUCGGGAUAUAACUGUUGAAAGUAAAAGGACAAUUUUUCUUCUCCAUAGGAUUACGAGUGCUCCUGAUAUGGAAGAAAUAUUGACUGAAUCAGAAAUUAAAUUGGAUGGUGUCAGACAAAAAAUAUUACAGGUAGCACAAGAGCUGUCAGGGGAAGACAUGCAUCAGUUCCACCGAGCCAUUACUACAGGACUGCAGGAAUAUGUGGAAGCUGUCUCUUUUCAACACUUCAUCAAAACACGAUCAUUAAUCAGCAUGGAUGAAAUUAAUAAGCAGUUGAUAUUUACAACAGAAGAUAGUGGGAAAGAAAAUAAGACCCCUUCCUCUGAUGCACAGGAUAAGCAAUUUGGUACUUGGAGACUGAAAGUCACACCUGUUGAUUAUCUUCUGGGAGUGGCUGAUUUAACUGGAGAGUUGAUGCGGAUGUGUAUUAACAGUGUGGGGAAUGGGGAUAUCGACACCCCCUUUGAAGUGAGCCAGUUUUUACGUCAGGUUUAUGAUGGGUUUUCAUUCAUUGGCAACACCGGACCGUACGAGGUUUCUAAGAAGUUGUAUACCUUGAAACAAAGACUGGCCAAAGUGGAGAAUGCUUGCUAUGCCUUGAAAGUCAGAGGUUCAGAAAUUCCAAAACAUAUGCUAGCAGAUGUAUUUUCAGUUAAAACAGAGAUGAUUGAUCAAGAAGAAGGCAUUUCUUAGAAUCACAUUACUGUUGUUAUUCUCUUGGGAACUCCCAAGAAAGACCAAUUUUUAAGACUGUUAUCUAGUAUUUCAUUUGACUUUAUUGUGGCUUUUACAUAGAAACAUUUUUAGUUGUACUUGUUUUAAAUUGUAUACAAGCUGUACAUAAAAUUACCCAAACGAGUCAUUUCUUAUACCUUAGUCAUGAAAGUUUGUGUACAAAUGUUUGCAUAUAUGCCUGUUUGCAUUUUUGCUGGUUAACCUUCUUCAUUUAUCUUUGCAAUGUGAACAUGCUUUAGAGUGCACUUUCUGCCAUGCCUAUUUUAAUUUACUUUGUAUGAAUUUUGGAAUGGUAAUUUUUAGUGGAAGCCAUUUAUAAUUUAAGUUGGCGAUUUAUUGUAUAUAGAAAAGACUUUUUAGUUAAA